AUUUCUUUAUUUUUGCAGGUGCUAGUUAAUGUUCAAAGCAUAUUGACUGAUUUCCCGGUUCUGUGUUAGUGUGUAUGUGUGUGCGUGUGUAUUUAGGUCAUGAAGAAAUACGAGCGAUUUGGCGACAAUGCGAGUUCAGCUGCUCCGAUCGAGGCGGAAGUUACAAUCCAAUUGCCCCCAUCUAAUGGAAGACAAAUAACGAAUGGGGGAGACUCCGUUGGAACUCCCCCGGAGGCCCUUAAUACUGCGGCAUUAUCGAACGCGGUGUCGUUUCUUGGCGAGUCAUCCGAAGAUCUGGAACCUACGUUUGACAUCGAUGGUGAGCUUGAACUGGAUAACUUCGAAGAUCCGUCGCAACCCCCGCUACCUGGUUUGAACUCAGAGUAUGUGAUCUGGAAACUGAGGAGAACUGUUCAACAUCUGUUCUUCCGUUUGCUAACCCUUGUGGUCAUCGUUGCGGAUGUGUGCGUAAUCAUCAUCGAUCUUGUUUCGGCAAGCGAAGGGAGGAACACACAUUUCUCGAAUUCCCUGGCGUGGUUGAGCCUGAUUUUCUCAGUAUACUUCGUCGUCGAAGUUGGAAUGCGCAUUGUUGCGCUAGGGUCUCAUUUUUUCGGGAAAUGGUUCAAUUUCUUGGACUUGGCAGUUAUCGCUGUUACCUUUGUGCUCGCUAUUGUGGAUGUGGUCAUCAUCAGUGAAGUCACGCGAUCAAUCAAAUUUUUAGUAAUCGUACGUCUAGUUCGAGUAGUGAGGCUCAUUCGUCUGGUGACGGAGAAGCAGCAUCUAGAAACUGGCGCACGUCAAUUCAUUUCACAAAAUAAGCGAAGAUAUCAAAAAGAUGGAUUCGACUUGGAUUUAACGUACGUGACUGACCGUAUAAUCGCAAUGAGCUUCCCAUCUUCGGGACAUAUGUCGCUGUACCGCAAUCCUAUCAGCGAGGUGUCUCGAUUUUUCAACAAUAAGCAUCAUGGUGCCUACAAGAUCUACAAUCUUUGCAGCGAAAGAUCUUACGACGAAUCUUUCUUCGAUGGUAGAGUGGAGCGUUUCAUGAUCGAUGAUCAUAACGUUCCUACGGUCGCGGACAUGGUUCGGUUUGUCAAAGACGUGGAAGCAUGGUUUUCUCAGAAUCAACGAAAUGUAGUCGCCGUGCAUUGCAAGGGAGGUAAAGGAAGAACGGGAACAAUGAUAUGCGUUUGGCUGAUAAGGGCCGGCAUGCUCAAAGAUGCGGCUUCGUCGCUGCAUUAUUUCAGCGAAAGGAGGACCGAUCUCAACGUCAGCACAAAAUUUCAGGGAGUCGAAACUCCUAGCCAGUGUCGUUUCGUCGGCUACUUCGAAAAAGUGAACUCAGCCGGGCUCGUGCUUCCUCGACCAGCCGUGCUGCGAGUCGAUUCCCUCAUUAUCACCGGGCUAGCAGGCGUGGGGAAAGGGAACGGCUUGGAUUUCUCCGUGACGAUCGACGAGGGGCGUGGCCGCACGGUAUUUGCCGCUGAUUUUGGGACAAGCUUCAAUUGCGAAGCCGAAUACAAAGGAGAGCGUGACACUUUGUCGGUCCGGUUCAUCAACAGUCCUGCCAUGUCGGGUGAAGUCAGGAUGCUCUUUAAAUGUUCUUCGAAGCGAGUUCCGACGGGCUACGAGAACGUGCCAUUCUAUUUUUGGUUCCACACGAGCUUUAUCGAAAGCAAUCGUUUGUACUUGACUCGAGAAGAACUCGACAAUCCGCACAAGGCCAAAACUUGGAAAACAUUCCGCGAAAAAUUCGCAGUGGAAGUUGUUUUUACACCCCCAGGGUCAUGA